GCCCCCAAAUUCCUGCUAGUCUGAGACAGGGUAUCACCUCAACUCAAGAAAUCGAGAGAAAGUCCGUCGUUGGUUGCAUACUACAAGUCAGAGAAAAUAAACAAGGAAGCGUCGGGGUUAAUCUUCUAUUGCCUCUUCAAACUAGUGACUGUCGUCUUUCCAGGGAGUCAUUUUGCUUUGUUGAUGUAACGACAAGCCAUCCGAGUCGUGUGUCGCAACUGACUACGCAGUGCAAAGACUGUUCAAGUUAUUAGGCUAAUUCAACUUUUCGCUGACGGAAGGAAAAGUUGUUGCCGAUUCCUGCAACAUUUUAUCACGCUGCGUUCUGGCAACAUUGUAGCAUAUCUGCUUUCCUUUUUUGCUACAUAGCCUACACUGAUAUCAUCUGUUGAGAAGACGCAGGUUAGACAGUCGACUCGUAAGCAAUCAACUGGUGAAGGCAUGGAAAUACUGGACAGCGCUGAACCGUUUUUACACUGGGAUCGAAAUCUCAGCGAAUUGUCUGAACCGGGAGAAAAUGACGGUGUUCUGUACAGCACUCACUUCACCGAGCUCCUGGAUGACCUGUCCCAGGAUGCUUUGCUGGGCCAGCUGCUGAGUGACCCGUUCCUGUCUGGCCGCGGGGAAGCCAUGGACACGGAGGACCUGACCCCCGCCUCCCCAGUGCCGCCCCACAUCCAGGCCGAGCACAGCUACUCCCUCAGUGGGGACUCGCGCCCCCAGUCCCCCCUCUCACACCUGCCCGGGGAACAAGGCAGCGAUGCAGGUGACUCUGAGGGAGACGACUGGGCCAUGGAACAGGACGAUAAGGACCUGAAGAUGGAGACUCUGCUGUGCAACGCUCCCUCCCUGCUGCCCACCCUGACCCUUACUAUAACCCCUCCGGCUGUGCCGACCUCUGACCCCGUCGCCAAGGCAACCACCUCCACAGCCGGGGCUACGGCAACCCUCACAAUGGCCAAUCCACAGGCCACAGAAGUCAAGAUUAAGGUGAAAGACGACGGAGAGACCUUUACCCCUCAGAUUAAACUAGAGCCACAUGAGGUGGACCAGUUCCUCAACCUGUCCCCCAAAGCCUUGGAGUCCCUCCAGAUGCCACCCACCCCACCCAGUUCCCAUGGCAGCGACUCGGAGGGCAGCCAGAGUCCCGUCCACCCCUGUGCCCCCGCCAGCCCCACGCAGUCCCCCGCUGUCCUCAAGGUGGCGCCGCGCGCACCCUCAUCCCUCUCCAACUCCCCACUGCUCACCGCUCCACAUAAGUUGCAGGGCUCAGGUCCUCUGAUGCUGACGGAGGAGGAGAGGCGUACGCUAAUCGCCGAGGGUUACCCUGUUCCCACCAAACUGCCCCUCACAAAGGCCGAGGAGAAGGCCCUCAAGAAGAUCCGCCGCAAGAUCAAGAACAAGAUCUCGGCCCAGGAGAGUCGCAGGAAGAAGAAAGAGUACAUGGAUGCCCUGGAGAAAAAGGUGGAGACAUGCUCUAAUGAGAACAGUGAACUGCGCAGAAAAGUGGAAAAUUUGGAAUGCACCAACAAGUCUCUGCUGCAGCAGCUGCACUCCCUCCAGGCGGUGGUGGCAGGAAAGGUCCCUCGCUCCUGCAGAGUCACCGCUGGAACCCAGACCUCCACAUGCCUCAUGGUGGUGGUCCUCUGCUUUGCCGUGUUCCUGGGCAGCUUCUACCAGGGUCUCAGUCCCUGCUCCUCCCUCACAAAGACAGGCCUGUCUAGAGAACUCAGCAUGCAGGAGUCUUACACUGCCACAGUGAAGUCCAGAAGCCUGCUGUCCUAUGAGGACCACGGAGGUAUGAUGGACGAGUCCCACCCAGCUGGUUUGGGUGGAGAGUACCCCGAGUGGGACGCGCAGAUGGACGUCAUGGCAACCUGGCGUCAGGAGCAACAGCAUCUUCAGGAGCAGCACGAAGCUCACACGCAAGCAGAAGAGACAGAAUUCCUACACAGCAACGACACACACAGCACACAGAAAACAGCUGUGCUUAUAGACCUGAACACACACAGAUCAGUGGAGCAGAGGUCAAACGACAGCACAAAAGUGUUCGAGCUGGAGAGGACGGUGAACGAGACGUCCUGAGGAGGUCUGCUCUGCUCUGCUGGCCUGGCUCAACGUCGCCCCCUGCUGUCUGGGCUCCCCUUGUAUUUAUAAAUCCCCUCAACCCUAAUGUUUAAGUAUAGAUGUCUGUGUUUUUCUUUUAUUUUAAAAAACGAAACUCAAGCAUCAAGAUAAAAAAGAACAGAAAAAACAAAUGUGUAUUUUUUAUUCCAUUUCAUCAUUAUAUCAUGUUUUGAUACUUAAUUUUAUGUCACUUUUUGUUGCAUCUGUUUUUGUUUUUUUUUGGUUUCUUAUUUGUGUAAUGUUUUGAGAUGCUUUAUCUCUCUGUCCUUUUUAGUUUUGUUGAGGUGGAGGAUGGGGGCUGGGCACUCUAUUUUUCAAAGAUGAACUGAUUAUUGUAGUUGACUAGGAGAUUCUCUGCACUGUUAAAGGGACAAGCAUGCUAUUAGCCUAAAGAGAUCACCUCCAGAAAAAAAAAAAAACACCACCAAUCAACAAUCCCAAACAAUCCUCUCUGAGAUCACUGAAGCAGAGAUCCCCCUUCCUAAAUAAUUCAGACCAGCGGAUGUGUUCACACUUGGCGAAGCAUCUGUCACCAAGCUCAUCACCCCCUUACCUCCCACUAACCCUUGCCUGAGGACAGACACCUGUAGGUCUGUAAUGUCAUCCCCAGUGUUAAAACAUUGAGUACCGGGACACGGAGCAGAGGUGUAACGACUCUGCCGUGAAAUUUGCACCAUCUUGCCCGAGCCGACUUAAGAAUGAGCACGGCUCCUAGUACUACGCGCUCCCAAAGGUUCUCCUACAGCUUUCCCCACUUGCUCUCUCUCUCUCUCUCUGUAAAUUUAGUUUUUUAAAAGCCCUUAAAUGCUAAAGAGAGUUAUUGGAUGUUCUAAAAGGCUUUAUUAUUGGGGUCUGCAUUGAACCCUUGGAAGUUCAUGUUUGGUUCUUUUUAGGACUUGUAACAGAACCUAUAAGACUUCUUUUAUAGGACAGCCCAAUGAACUUCAAAAAGACUGUAGUAUAAGACUAUGUCUGGGCAAUGGAUGUGUAUUUCUGCUCGUAAUAUCUACAAGGAGAUGUGAGCCAAUUGAGGCAGUCUAGGCGUUGAGUUGGGUUGUAUGAUGCAUCAGCACUAUGAGCCUUCCCACAAGGCAAUGCCUGGGAAAGGUUGACCUCUCUGGGGGGCUCGGACAGCAGUGCCCCCUGUCCCCACCUCACCGCCCCCUUGGGUGUUUUUUCGAUCUGGGUCGAUUAGGGUGAGCGCGUCGCCUACCCGGCCUUCACUGGCCCAGAUAUUUAAACACCUACACAACUACACAAACCACAGCACCCCUCCCCGUACAUGCACUGUCAAACACUCACACACACACACACUCUUCAUCGGGGAUAUAAACAGCCAUGGAGUGGGUGUUGAACUGGACUGACUUCUCUUACUCUCUAUAAACCCAAAGAAAUUGAUUUAGCUAUUUAUUCACUCUUUCCCCCCUCCUCCUCUUUGAAUAGCAGUGCUUAAUUUUAUUCUUUUUUGCUCAUAACAGUAACAACAGUACCAUAUGUAUCUAUGCUAUUUUUUGCUCUCACUAGUGUAGGCUCCGUUGUGGAGCACUGGUUGCUUAGAGUGUUAGCGAUAUGUGGUCUUUAGCCACGGCAGACCUGGCCGUGGCCAUAAAAACAUCAGCGAGGCUUGUAAUGAUGUUAUUGGUCCCGGCUAAAGUGGUUUCACUGUGUUCCCUACCGCUGUUUUCACAAACCAAACCACCCAGACAAAAAAAGCUCACAAAAAUGGUUCCACUUUAACCUCUGUUAUCUUCUUUGGUGGUUUUAUGUUUUGUUUUUUUUUUGUCCUUUUUUUCCCUUUUCAAAGCAAAUAAAUAUUUUCCUUAGUAAAAGCA